GACUUUCAUCACCCACGGUGCGCGCAGUGGUUUAGAGAUUGGAUUUGCGAAAACAGUGUGUGAAUUUUUCCAAAGAAAAUGUCACGGAACUGAAACCUGUGUUACAGGCUUCGAAGUUUGUGCUACCUGCUUGUCCAACGAUUGAAUCAGUAUGCUUCCCAUGAUUGAAGCCUUGUAUAAUGCGCCGGUGUAUCACUUGGUUCUUGAAGCCUUGUUGGUUAUUUGGGUUCUGCGACUGCUGUUCAGGAAAAGUCACAGUCCGAAGGAUCGAGUUAUUCUUACCGAAGCGGAAAAAGACGAAUUGAUAGCCGAGUGGAAGCCUGAGCCACUAGUCCCUCCCGUUGACCCUAUGCAUCCUGCUUUACAUCCCAGAAUUGUGACAGGAAAAGCAAUGAAAACUGUCACAGUGGACGGGCGCGACUGCUUGAAUUUUUCAACCCACAAUUAUUUAGGGCUAAUCGGAAACACGGAUGUUGAAUUAGCUGCAAUAAAAUGUCUGGAGAAAUACGGUGUAGGUUCUUGUGGGCCUAGAGGAUUUUAUGGAACUACCGAUGUUCACUUGGAUUUAGAGGAUAUGAUUGCCAAGUUCAUGCACUGCGAGGAAGCCGUCUUGUAUUCUUAUAGCUUUGCGACGAUCGCUAGUGCGAUACCUGCGUAUGCGAAGCGGGGUGAUAUAAUUUUUGCUGACAUGAACGUCAACUUCGCCAUUCAGAAGGGCCUGGAUGCUUCGAGGAGCAAUAUCAUUUUCUUUCGUCAUAACGAUAUGAAUCAUCUGGAAGAACUUCUUGAGUCUCAGGCAAAGGCUGAUCUGCGAGUAGGUUCGUGCCAGACUGCGAAAUUGAAUUGUUUUCAACAUGCCUCUUUGUUUCAGGAUCCUAAAAAAGCAGCUGUCACGCGAAAAUUCUUAAUUGUUGAAGCGCUGUACAUGAACUCAGGUGACAUAUGUCCCUUACCCGAGUUGGUCGAGCUGAAAAGGAAGUACAAAUUGCGAUUUUUUGUCGACGAAUGCCUUUCCAUUGGAGUUUUAGGAGCUUCAGGACGGGGUGUUUUUGAAUUCUUCAACAUGUCGGUGAAUGAAGCGGAUCUUAUCUGCGGAUCAUUAGAAUACUGCCUUGGUUCCCUUGGAGGAUUUUGCGUUGGAUCUUCGUAUGUGGUAGAUCACCAACGAUUAUCUGGAUUAGGUUAUUGUUUCUCGGCCUCAUUACCACCGUUGUUGGCAGCUGGCGCCAUGGCCUCCUUCAGCUUCUUGGAGUCAAACGCCGGCAAAGAAGCUUUGUUGCAUCUUGAAAACAUUUGCAAAACCGCACAUUCUUUAUUUAAUGAACUAUUGUUAGAUUUGGAGCAAUCAAAGCAUAGUUCUCCGAACUCACCAAUCAAACAUUUGUAUGCGAAAGAUCAUGACGAUCCCGAAGACUUCCUUCAGAGCGUCGUGAAGAUGGUGGAAGAAAAGGCAAUCGCGAUCGUGACAGCGACUUAUUUGGAGAAGGAGGAGAAAUUUUGUCCCGCGCCGAGCAUUCGGAUUGCUUUAGCCAGUCACCAUGUCGAAGAAGAUGUUCGUCAUCUGAUCUCUGUCCUCAACGAAGCCACGUCAGCGCUAAGCUGUUGAAUCAGAAGAUCUAAAAAGAGCAUAACAAGAAAUACGUGUCCAUCUAUCCGGUUCAAUGAAACCCAGGGCCUUCAUAUUUUUAUUUGGUUGCGGAUCAAAUCAUGAUUGCACCUUGUCAUAGUCAACAAAGGUUUUCAUAGCAUCAGGAAAGCCCAAUUGUGAUAUUCGAGGUGAUGAGGGGAUCCUGUUACUGCUAGAGAAGCCGCCCUCGUUCACGCAUAGCUUAUUGUUGUAUUUGGUUGAGGUUGUUGUUCAUUUUAUUAUUUUUUGUGCUUACAAGAGGCAUAAAAUGGUGUGGAUACUGCACUAGUAAUCAGCAAGUCUCGCGAAAGCCCUGAACCCUUCGUAUCCCGAGAUUUUCGAAACGAAAGGAUAUUCUGUGCCGUUCGAGGAUACUGUAAAAUUCUUGAAAAACAGCGAAAAGCUGUUGUGCCAAUUCCAUCAAAAGCAAAUUAAUUUCUUUCAAGCAACGGCUUUUAAAUUGUCCUGUGAUUUAUCGCGAUUUUGUUUUUCGGGAUGGUCAGUUGAUGUAUUUUUAGCUUUGAAUAAUCGUGCGGAAAUUUUCGAUACGCUUCUGCCGUAUUUUCUCCGCUCUUCGGGCAUUAUUUUCACGAAGACAACGCAUGUAACUUGCAUGAAAACUGAUCCACAUGACGCGGUCGCUUUAUUUUGAACCUCGUUAGCUUUUUUUCUGUCAUGAUCUAAUUUCCUGCAAAGAAAAGAAAAAUUUGGAAUGGCAAGUGAUGCUGCUUUCCAAGACCAGGGGAUGUCAAAACAUUUUGAACGAAGUUCAGGAGGCGCAGUGUUUGCUUUUGGUCAGAAAGUUUUCGUCAGCAGUGAUCACGCGAGUGUUUGGCGCACUUUGUUCCAGUUUCCUAAUUUCCUUCAUUAAAUUCGAGGAAAGUGUGCUUUUAGCUACUUGCUAGAUUUUUUGGGGGUCCAGAAAUCUACAUUCACCGAAUUUAAAAUCUCAAAAAAUAGAUAAACCUCUUCCGAUAGAAUGAGCCAAGUGAAGAAAUCUGAUAUAAUGUGAGACACCAUGUAUUAAUUUUUUAAAAUAAGUAUUCGGUAAUUUUAAUAUUACUGUAGAGUGUGUUUACCGGAAAAUUAGUUUAGUUGAACAAUUAUUUCGAUUUUUUGCGUUAUCAUUUGUUUUGAGGAGAUGCCGGUAGACUCAUAUUUUUUCACUGCAAUAUUAUGCAUCCAACGAAUUUUUUUAUUGCUCCGGCGUAUUUUUUAUGAUACUCAAAACGAAAUUAUCUCCGUCACGAAUUCAAUUUUUUGUUGCCUGAGUAUCAUAAUCUGUCGUAUUUUCAUUUAUUAAUCGGCGCAAUGUUGAGGUCUACACCGUUAUUUUCUGACAUUUUUCGAUGCACGUUAUUAAACAUUCGCCAGAACUUAAGAUUAAGUUCGCCGACAAAUGAGCCGCGGCUAAUGUUCUUUCAAAAACUGUACUGUAACCAUUGAUCGGCCACAAUCUUGAGAUCCUCUUUUCAUCUUUGGCACGCCCAUUGUUGUGUUCGAAGCGCCUGUUUCGCGCAGAAGCAUGGGUGGUAAUAAUCUCAUCGCCAUGAGAGGCUCCUGCUCAUGUUUGUCGUAUGCUUCAGCGGUCGUGCAACUGAGUGUUUUAUUGCUGCUUAUGAGUUCGAAAGAUCGCUGUGCGUACUUGCCAUAGUGAAGAUUUUGAUAAGAAUUUUGUACUUUCGCCUCUGUACUCUUGAUUGCUGAUUCUCGGUAUUGCUUCUGUGAUUUCGACCGUGUCCGGGCGAUUGAGCGCGUCCGGAAAGGGCACAGUCAAGAAAAGCCCUGAUUCGAACGCGAACUCAAGUUCGCCGUCAUAAUUAGUGUGCCCCAGGAAAUUCAGAUUUAAAAGAGCGGAAAUAUGUUUUUCAUUUAGGUCAUCGUGUUCCUGAAGUACUAUACUUACGCAGAUUUCAAUGCGCUACUGUUUUUCUUUUUCGCCGUUUUGGGAUGCGCUCAUUUGUCCAGUCGCGGAAUUUCGACUCCUCCGGUAGGUGCGUGACUAGCGGGCCUGACUUUCAGUGUUCUUUUUAAAAGAGGCGUUACGGAGACGUCGAUUUCACUGUUGGGUGAAUCCACGUUUUGAUGGGAAGUUUUUGUGGUCGAAUGCGGGCUUUUUUUUGUGUCAUUUUCCUCAUAAUCAUUCUGUCGGUGCCUUAAACUAUUCGUGAGAUGGGUGGUGACGCACGUGUAUUGGGCGAACAAACUUGAGUUCGAGAGGCAAGAAUUACAUCCGAUCUCGAGAACUUCGAAUAUCUUCAGA